AUGAGUAGUUCCUACUGUGGCAACUCUUCAGCUAAGAUGAGUGUCAACGAAGUAUCUGCUUUCUCAUUGACUUUGGAGCAAAAAACUGGCUUUGCUUUUGUUGGGAUUUUGUGUAUUUUCUUGGGACUUCUUAUUAUCAGAUGCUUCAAAAUCCUGUUAGACCCGUAUAGUAGCAUGCCUUCCUCUACAUGGGAAGAUGAAGUUGAAGAGUUUGAUAAAGGGACAUUUGAAUAUGCACUUGCAUGA